AGAUUCAUGUAGGCAGCUGGGGAAGGGUACAUCCGUUCUAAUGGCGUCAAGACCCAAGCACUGUUGUCACAUUUUGUCCUACAGUGUUUCAAUAUUUUGCUUUGUUUAUGUCGGUCAAGUUUUCCAAGAAGGAGACGAAAAAUCUGCGCAGACUUGUAAAGUCACUAAAAGCUAGCUUUUACAGAUGGCAAAAAAAUAAUUGUAGAAGAAAUUUUUUCAUUCCAUCAGCAACUAAAGUAGAUAAACAUGGAAGUCACAACGGAAGAAGCACAAGCAGUGCUGCUGGAGGGAAUGGAAGGAGCACAAUACAUUACUAUUCAAAGGGCUGAUGGAGAAUCUCUAAGCAAAAGUGUUCCUCUUUUAACUCUUAAUGGAGAAUUAAUCUCUGAAGGGAUGGUAGUUGAUAUGAUUAAUGCUGGUGUUGGUACAGAUUAUGGUACAGCAACUCAAUAUUAUGAAGCAGAAGAUUUGUUACAACAUGAAUUAACAGAGGAAGAUCGAAGAUUAGCAGCAGCUUUAGUUGCUGUUCAAUUACAGCAACAACAGAAACAGCAACAGCUUCAUAGUCAAGCCCAACAUGAAGAUCCAACUUUACCAGAUGUUUCUCAUUUAGAGACUUUAACACCUGUAAACACAUAUUCUAUUCAAACUGUCCCAGAACCAAAUGCUCCUCCUGUAUAUCCAACAUUACAACCAACAUUUAAACGAAUAACGCAUAAUGUAAAACAGGAAUAUAUAAAUGUAAAAAGUGAGUGUGAUGUUGAUAUGUCAGCUGAAAGUAGCGAAGAUGCGGCACCUAGUUCCGGACCGAAAAGAUCUUUGCCGCAUAAAAAAAGGAUUCCUCGUAAAUUAAAACAACAGACCAAAAGAAGUUCAGCAAGAAAGGAUGGCAAUAGAAUAAACGCGGAUGGCAUGAACGCAGAUUCUUCCGGUGAUAUGCAGGCUCAUAUGUUCAAAUGUGAACUGUGUAGUUCUAGAUUUAGUAGUCAAUUAAAAUUUUUUGAGCAUUUAAAGGUACAUUAUGAACCUGUGAAACAAGAAACAAGAAUAGCACAAGCAACUAAUACGAAUAUCACGAUAUCUGUGACGGAAUCUGUUCAAAAUCUCGAAAAUACGGUAAUUGAAGAAUUUAGCGAGCCUGAAGAUCUUAUGGAGGGCAUUAGAGGUGUUGUGGAAGAGACAGGUGCUCAUAUAGAUGAUGAAACAGAAUCUCCAUUGAACAAUGACUCACCUUUAUGGACAAUUACUGAUGUUACAAGUCAUGUACAUAGGGACCAUGUAAAACCAUCAACUGUUAAUGAUCAAGGCAUUCAUGAUAAAGAUAAGACUGACAUUCCACAAACAACAAAGAAAAAAAAGAUUCUAAAAACUAGGAAAACAAAUGAUGAAUUAUCAUGUCCCCAAUGUGAUCGAUCAUUUCAUCAUAAAAAUAGCUUAGUGUAUCAUAUGCGAUCUCAUAGUGGUGAACGACCGCAUCAAUGUGAAGUUUGUGGAAAAAGUUUCUUUGCUGCUAGUGCGUUAAAGGUUCAUAAACGACUUCAUAGUGGGGAUAAACCGUACAAAUGUGAGGAAUGCGGUAGACAUUUCCGACAAUGGGGAGAUCUGAAAUACCACUCGACCAGUAUCCAUUCAGAACAGAAACAGUAUCAAUGUGAAUACUGUGGCAAAGAUUUCGCGCGGAAAUACUCGUUGAUUGUUCACAGAAGAAUUCAUACCGGCGAAAAGAAUUAUCGUUGCGAAUAUUGUAAUAAAACGUUCAGGGCAAGCAGUUACUUACAAAACCAUCGUCGUAUACAUACGGGGGAGAAACCACAUCAGUGUGCGGUGUGUGGAAAACCGUUCAGAGUGAGAAGUGAUAUGAAAAGGCAUAUGCAUACUCACUCUAGAGGAAGGACUGAAAGACCCAUGAAUAGAGUCAUAACAGGAAAAAAUAUUGAAGAAGAUAAAGGUUCGCAAGCGAAAACUAUUCAAGAUCUAGUUCGAGAUCUAAAACUCGAAGUAGAACCAACAGGGGUUGUAGAAAUUGUACCUCCAGAUGAUAAUCCUGAAAGUAUCCUACCGCAUGCAGGAGGACAAACUUUAGAAUAUACAGUGACUACAGCUCCAGACACAAACUCUGACAGAGAUCCGUUAGAAGCAGUCGUUCGUACAACUGAUAACAUGCAGUAUUUCUUCAUGUAAUAUUUGUUGGAAAUAAAAUGGAACGUUGUUUUCGUAACAAAAGGAUAAAAAAUCUUUCGCACAAAAAUGGCGUUUGUGGAAUUCAAGGUUUUUGUCCUGAAUGACUGAAUUGAAAGUGCUAUAUAUAACAACGCACUGCCUAUGCAAUGUGCAUAAACAUACUUUCCAGUAUUUCUGCAAAUUACUUUUUAAGGGAAUGUUACAAAUGUAACGCUUAAAAUAUUAUUCUUAAGACUGUUUUCAGCAGAGAACUCGGAAAAGUAUAACUAUAUAGGGGCAAAUUUCUAAAAAAGAUUAUAUCAAUUUAAUUAGUUAAAGGUAUGUAUAUAUAUAUAUAUACAUACAUAUAUAUAUAUAUAUACAUAUGGAUAAAUGCAUGCACAUAUACACGUACAUGGUUAAAUAUAAAACACGUAUAUAUUGUAUUAUAUAAUUAAUGAUAAUCAAGAUAAUAUUGUACAUGUACAUUUUUAAAAUCUAGAUAAGUUAGUCAUUUAUAUCGCGAAUCGUCGUUGAAAAAAUAUAUUUUUUACGUGAAGACAUUUAUAGAAA